AGACGGUAGAGUCAGGUAUAACAUGUUCCGCAAAGUUGUCAAGUUUGCUCACUCGUAAGACAAGACGAUUUUUAUCGACAGUGCUUGAAAAUGUAGCGGAGUAGUUGGAAAAAUGUAAGUGGGCGUAGAGCGCUGGAAACAUGGUGGUCUCAAAUUCACCUAACCUAACCUGUGUCACCUGUGUGGUUACGCCGGUUAUGCGACCAGGUGCAUAUAACGUAGGUAUUUCGUGAUAUAUUUUGUCGGUUUACUUUUUAAAGUCACAUGCAAGCGAAACGGAAAAUAUCUCACGUCACACAAAUGGAUUUAUUCGUGGUAUCCACUCUUUGUUGCGUCUUGGGUAACGUUGCACCGUUUCUCAUUAGAUUCAUUUCAUCACGUGUGUUCGCGCAAAAGAGAUAUGACGUUGAGUUGCGGAAAGAGCUGAGCAAUUUGAAACAAGAUAUGGCAGGAAUCUCCAUGGUGGACGAGUUUGCCAAGUAUGCCAAGCUCCAACGCCGCUACAAUCAUGUGGAAAGUGUCUUGAAAGAAAACGCGAAUCAACGACUGAAUUGGAGAUUGAAACUUCAAAUGUCGCUUAUUUAUAUCUUUCAUAUGUUAAACGGUAUGUUAAUCAUGUGGUUAUUGCACAUGUAUAAAAACGAGCCAGUUGUUAUUCUCCCGGAGGAUAUAUUAUGGCCGGUCCAGAAUCUUUUGAGUUGGCCGUGUCAGCACGAGAACGCUAUUUCUCUAUUAGCAUGGCUCGUUAUCACCAACUGUGGAAUAUCGGCGUGCAAAAGGCUUCAUGCGUGAUCCAAUGAGGUUUAAACGAGUAUACCUUUGUAUCACUCGAGGAGGGUUCGCCAUCUCGUGUCAUUCAACUCGGAAUAAUUACGGAACGAUGAAUGAUUUAGAAAGACGAAUAAACAAGUUUUGCAGCAAACCUUUCAAUUUUAUACAAGUUACUAAUUGUAGGUGUGCACUUUCGAUUACGAAGGAACGGCAAACGAUAACUGAAAUGGAUAGCUGAAAUGUAGCUGCGUACGAGAUAUUGAGAACGAGUGUGUGCCCUCGUCAUUAAGUCAUUAUCAGCUGCAUAUGUCGUAAUCUUUCAAGCUACAGACGUAUCCGCGAUACAAAAGUAUAGCAAGAUGCUUCUUCCACUGCACAAUAAUGCGUAAAAUGUAUUAAAAUGGGACACUUUAUUAGGACGCACAAUCGCCUUUCCGAGUGAUUAUAGAGGUGGAUAAUGAUCGUCGAGAAAUAGGAGAAUUGAAAAGAGAAACUUUGGCUCAAGAGUAUCGGUACAAAGGAAGGACACAAGUAUUUACAAUUCCGAGUUCUAGUAACACUACUGACAACUGUAUACAGUGCAAGAUUUAUUCGCAACGUGUCUAUCACAAAUCAAACAAGUCAUUGUAAAACUGCACCGGAAUUGUGUACAAGUGCAGAAAGAAAAAGACACAUUUGUUUGAAAUGUUUUGAAUAAAACGUCUUCAAGGUA